CGCGGUUCCCUGCACGACCUGGAUGCUAAUUUCUCAGCUCUUAUCUGCUGUUUUGUUUUCCUUCUGGGAUAAAUGGGAACGGCUGUGCCCAGACGUUGUUAGGCUGUGCUUGUUUGCUUUACAGGCAGCCGUUCCCAACAUGAGCAGCGAUACACCACACCUGGCCCCGGGACUGGGAGCAGGACGCGGCUUUCUGGUAGAGCUUCCUACUGAGCUGUGAGUCCUUUGUCAUGGCCAACAAGAAGGAGCCUCCUUUCUUCAAUGAGGAUAACAUGGGGACGUUUCACUACAAACUUCCCUUCUAUGAAACCAUGGAGCUCUUCAUUGAAACGCUCACAGGGACGUGCUUUGAGCUCUGUGUUUCACCCUUUGAAACCGUGAUUUCCGUCAAAGCAAAGAUUCAGAGGCUGGAAGGUAUUCCCAUCUCUCAGCAGCACUUAAUUUGGAAUAAUGUGGAACUCAAAGAUGACUAUUGUUUGAAUGAUUAUAACAUUUCAGAAGGCUGCACUCUGAAGUUAGUUCUGGCUAUGCGAGGUGGACCUAUUAACACUAGGAGAGUUCCUGUAGAAGACCCUAUAAGGGAAAUAGCCGAAUACAUGGAUCCCAGCAGAGAUGAGAUAUGGGAGAAAGGACCAUCUAACAAACAAGUUACCUUCUUAGUAUAUCGAGAAGGAGAUCACUUGAAUUUCUUCCGUGUGGUUGACAGAGAAGAUGGUACCUUAACUCCGUUGUCUGAAUCUUUGAGUGGUGGUUCAGUUUAUAACUUAUAUGCUGAUGAUGAAGAUGAGACAGAGGCGUCACCUUCUGGCCAACAGAUUAUUGAAAAUUCAAUUACAAUGAAUAAAAUGAAACUGCUCAAGGCGAAGAUGGAGAACAUGAAUCUAAGUAAAAAGCCUAAAAAAGCUGUCAAGGUGAAACCUCGUCCUCCAACAGCUCCUCGACCAUCCAGUGGCUCGGCGGCUGCUGCUCGCCACCGGUUUUUAAGAGUGCUCCCUCAUAUUGGACAGUCCUGCCUACCUCCUUCUGGGAAUUCAUAUCCUUCAGAGUCUUCUCAGAAUGCACUUACAGCAUUGACUUCUUUGGCCACGACUGGUAGAACAAUGCCGUCCCCAGCUAAUGACUUUCUUAAGGAAGACAACACUUGGCAGAGCAGUUCUUGGUCUCAGUCAGUUAGUAGCAUCAGGUUACCACCAAAAAUAUCUCGUGUCGAACUAGAAAAUGCAAAAGUACCUACAAAUAGUAUUUUGACUCCUGUUUCAUCUCUGCCUGCAAAUUUGGAAAAAGUGUCUGAAAACGUGACUUCAACAGCAGAGGAAGAUUCUGUUUUGUAUCCAAAUCUAACAAAUGUAGAACUGUGUGGAACAGAAGAAAAACUUCUGUCUGAAACAGAUACUUUUGCUUUGUUUACAGAAGCAAACACCACCGAACAGUGUAGCGAGAUACAUGAUACAGGAAAGGUGAACUCAGAACUUGAACUCUCAGAUGGAGAUGAAGAAUCUAAGGUUUUAGAACAGCACAAAAAACCUAUAAGUAAAAUACUGAGCACUGCAGCGAUGGGAACUGGACUUCUCAGUAGUCAUCAACUAAGUCAAAAAAGUAUGCUUUUGUCACCUCUUUGGUAUUCAUCGCAAGUGGCACAUCAUAGUUCUUUGAAACCACAAACACAACCCAAAUGCUUUGAGUCUUUUAACUUGAGAACUACAACCUCACCAAACACACUCCGAUCCUUGGAAGUCCGUAGUAUAGCAGAUUACUCUUUUUCUCGGACUGCUAGAUUUCAUAGCAUGAAACUUGAUUCACUUAGCAAAAGACCUGAUAUAAUUGCUAAAGCAGAAGCCAGAGGCAUUGCAGAUAUGGCUAACAAGGCAUCCAAAGAACCUGUGAGUUCUGUAAAUAACUUAGGAUUUCUAGCUUCGCUGGCCCGAAGUGCAAGCAGGGAAAGUUCACAGAGUUCUUGUGGGACUGGGAGGUUUCGGACUUCUGGUAUUACACUACCUACAAACCUUCAGAAUUCUCAUGAAGAAAGCUUUAGGAAAACUGCUCCUUCAAAUGAAGCUGCUGAAUAUAUCCUAUCUGCGCAUGGGCUUGGAAUGAAUGGAAGUAAUGCAGCUGUAGGGAAAAGAGUAGCAGGUGAAGCAACCCAUCUCCCACCUGUGAAUGGCUCAAUUCAAGCAAAAAAGAAAGUUUCAAAGUACUGCUUUCUCUGUGGCAAGAAAACUGGAUUGGCAACCAGCUAUGAGUGCAGAUGUGGAAACAACUUCUGUGCAACUCACCGCUAUGCAGAGACUCACACCUGCACCUACGACUAUAAGAGUGCAGGGAGAAGGUAUUUACAGGAGACCAAUCCCAUCGUUAGUGCACCAAAGCUUCCCAAAAUCUAAUGUGGUUGUGCUGCAUGUGGCCAUUCUGCCAUUGAAGAGUUGUAUUUCAUUGAGAGAAGCACUUGCUUAAACUGCAUAAUUUUGCCAUGCUCCAUAUCUGAGGAUUUGCCAAGUAUCAAAAGCACACAAGGAUGCAUCCUAUUGAAGAAUAAUGUGAACACUACUGCAGUUACAACUUUUCUUCUUUAGUGAAUGAAAAGUUAGUUUUUAAAAACUUACACUAUGAUUUAACUGUUACUGCAUGUCUUGUGUUGUGCUUUAUAAUUGGAAAAGGUAUUUCACUAGACAAUUCUUUUAAAGAUGCACUUUAUUGACUUAAUUUACAGUGUAACCAGACUUGAGGGGGUGUUGUAAUGAGGGCGUCAUGUAAUGUCUUCUGUACUUUUGCAUUUUUUGUCCAUUGCGUGGUAUCUAAGUUAUUUCACUGGAAAGAUCCUCCUCCCUUCCCAUUUUUCAAACUGCCUGUUUUGAGCAAGGCAGUAGUGUACUCUGCUCCCCAUUCUUUUCAGAUCGGUAUUCAUACACUGUGUAUCCAUUCUGAAAAUAACAUCAUGUUAAUCACACUUUCUUAAAAUAAUUCUGUUUAUAUUACAGAUUUGUUAAGUAGAAAAUCCACUUGAUGACAUUAAAUAUAAAGAACAAUUUUACCUUUUUUUUUGUAAUCCUAGAUUUUUUUUCUUUAAGACUUCACAGCUUGGUUUGUAAGACGUUGAAUGCUGUUACUGAAAGAAAUUCUAAUAAAUAUUAAAUUUUAUUCUGGCCUCUGAUCUUAUGGAUGCACAAAAUGACUACCUAUUUCAAAGCAUGUUCCUAAACUAAAAGUUGGGCUUUGGGAGUGGGGAGGAGGAGGUAUUUUUACUUUGUCAGAAGCACUGGCUCAUCUCUGUUGCUGCUGAAGUUGGUGGCAAAAUUCCCACAUGUUUCAUUAGAAGUAAUGUGACCAACACUGUGCUUUUAAGUAAACCAGGAUGUGGCAGCAAAAACAAAAUGGGUAUUCAACGAAUGAUGUUUUAACCUGGAGCCUUUAUCACCUCCUGUUGAUACUGUACAGAAAGCAAUUCAGAAUUUACUUGCAUGAGACACCCUCUAAUGAGCACAUAGCUACAUCAGGAAGCAAUAUUUGGAGCCUUACCUGCUGGAGCCUUACUCCUGUCUGGAGUCUUUACAAGCUUAUGUUGCUCAGGAUGCUCCAGUAUGAAUCCCUACAUUGCAUCUACACAUUUAAAUGUCGCAGUCCCGUUCUUGCUAGAUUCCUGAAGUACUUCACUAGUUUUGGUGUGAAAACCUCUGCUGAGCGCAGCAGGUACAAGUUGGGCCAAUAACAGAAGGAAGGUCAAUGAAAUGAAGAGAAGUAAUCUGAAGAAUUCUCACCCUUGGAGAAAAUCCUUUCCCUGUGGUCUGCUGGCAGUUUCUUCCUUUGGAAUUUUCAGAGUGAUGUCCUUGGAAUACAGUUUUCAAAUUCAUUCCUCUAAGCAGUCAUAUGGUAACGUGGUUGUUCUGUACAUGAACUCCAGACCUCUUCUUAGAAAAAGGUGCACUGAAUAUGAAGGACUGCAUGUAGUUUUUGUUCUCUCCAACACAGGACUGUAUUUGAUGCUGAAGAAGGCUAAGAAAGUGGGCACAUGUGGGAGCGUUUUCUCAGCAGCUUCAAGACAGAUGUGUUGUUCCUUUGUAGGUACAGUAGAUCUCUGAUAGGAAGCAGAAUUAAAGUAAUAUAAGCUGUCAUCACUUAGUCUGAUAUUGCUGAAGUGUUAUUGUCAGGGUUAUUUUUUUGGUAGUGCAUUACAGUGACCAUACUCAAGUUUUACUGAGAGUUCACAAUUGAGUCAAAUCUUGGUUGUGACUCUCCCUUUCUGCAUAUGCACAAUUACUUCCUGUGGUGUAUAACCAUACUUAGAGAUUGUUGAUACUGUAUUUUCUGGAAAGCUGUAUGGUUAUAGUUCCUCAUAAUUUUUGUUAUACCUUGUUUUGAUUGUAUCUGAUACAGGGUUUUUUGGGGGCAGAAAUCUUCUGGUUUUGUUCUGGUCUGCAAUUACUGUAUUACAGGCACUCUUCUUUCUCAACUGGUCAUACAGACCUAAAAGCAGUUAGGUCUGUCAUUAACUGUUUUAUUUGCUGGUUUAUGUUACUAGGUUUUACCAAAUCCUGCAUUAAGCUGUGCUAUGGAUGAAUUACUGUUUACUGUGUAAACUUGCCUAAAUGGUUUGGUUUUCUUAAUAUCACUCAGUGUUUUGUGGUGCUGUAGACAACCAUUUAGCUUUGUGUUUGCUCAUGUAAUUAAAUUGUGUCAUAAAGCUUUUACAUAAUAGAAGUUUA